GAAAAAAAUGGCCGUGUAAUGUUAUUGAGAACAUUAAGGUAGACUAUUUGGUUGUACACGUUAGUUUAAAAUAAAUGAAUAAUCCAUUAAGUCAAAGGGAUUAACUGAAGCUGUUGCGCAGUGUAAUUACGAAUGACUUGUCCAUAUAAAAUUUGCGGAUUUAUAGUCACUACGAUAUCGUGUUACAAAUAUACAAAUCGAGGAAUGUGCCAAAAUUUCGACACCCUUUCGACAUUGGGGCUAAAGUUUCCGUUAAAUUAACCUGCUUGGUUGCAUCGAUAAUUCAUUAUUUCACACACUAAAGUAGAGUUUCAAGGUCUGAUAUUAUUCAGAAGAAGAACCUUUUUCGAUUUUUAACAAUCUAUAAGAAAUUUUGCAGCUGCAGCUGUCAUCUAUAAUUUGUAAUCCUGAUACCUGGCAAUAAAAAUUUUUAGAAGAACCAGCUUUACCUAAGAUAUAUAAUAAAAACUGCAAAAUGUCGCUCAAACCAAAACGGGUUGACUUCACUCAGACUUGGGAUGUUCUCCAAGGAACCCUCAAAGGAGUUAUCACUUUAGCUGAUAUUCCCAAAUCGACAUGGAAUGACAGAUUCAUGGAUGUUUAUUCGCUGUGCGUUGCUUACCCUGACUCUAUGGCCGAUCAACUAUAUAAUGAGACAAAGCAGUUUCUAAACGAUCAUGUCUCAGAGCUGCUGGAACGAGUUACAAAACAAGGAGAUGCGGGUCUUUUACAAGCGUACCACGCAGCUUGGAAAGAAUAUUCGCAAGGAAUGGAUUACCUGAACCAGCUUUACCUCUACCUCAAUCAGCAGCACAUAAAAAGUCAGAAGAUUACAGAAGCUCAAAUAAUAUAUGGGGCUGCAUACGCAAUUGAAGCGGAUGACCAGGAGCAAAUGGAAAUUGGGGAGCUUGGACUGGAUAUUUGGAAACGUAAGAUGAUAACGUCUUUGAGGACGUCUUUGGUAUCACUUUUACUAGCUGGAAUUCAUGCCGAUCGAAUGGGACAGGCUCAACAUGCUACCACUGAAGUUAUGUGUGGAGUCAUUCAAAGUUUUGUUCGUGUGGAAGAAUACAAAAUGAAAGGCCAGUUAGAUUUAUAUCAGCAAAUUUUUGAAGAACCUUUUCUCGAAGAUAGCGGUGAAUUUUAUUCGAGAGAAGCUUCAGAAUUCCUGCAACAAUCAGAUGUUUCCCGCUAUAUGGAACGGGUGAGCUGGAGACUCAGCGAGGAAGAAUUACGUAGUCACAAAUUUCUUCAUGUCAGUUCAGCUCCGAAGGUGCGACAAUGUUGUCAGGAGAAAAUGGUAGCUGCUCACGUGGUUUGGCUGCAUACUGAAGCUGAAUCUAUGGUAGAAAAUGAGCGUAGGGAUGAUCUAAGUCUUCUGUAUCCUUUGCUCAGGCCGUUGCCUUCGGGUCUGGCACCUCUAAUUCGAAAACUCACCGAUCACAUCACUCAACAGGGUUUACAAGCUGUUGGAACUCUUCAAGGAGACAAUGUACAUACACAAUUCGUAGAAAGCAUCUUGGACGUGCAUACUAAAUACUCUGAGCUCAUCAAGGUUGUAUUCAAAGGCGAUCAAGCCUUUGUCAGUGCCCUCGACAAGGCCUGUUCAGCAGUUGUGAACCACCGACCGGCAGUUCGGCAACCUGCCCGAGCCCCCGAACUGUUAGCAAAAUACUGUGAUUCCCUACUAAAAAAAUCUUCUCGUGGAACAACAGAGGGUGAAGUAGAAGAAAAACUAGCCCGAUCAAUAACAGUCUUUAAAUAUGUGGACGACAAGGACGUGUUCCAAAAAUUCUACUCCCGAAUGUUAGCAAAGCGUUUAAUUCAUCAGCAAUCACAGUCAAUGGACGCUGAGGAAGCGAUGAUAGAUCGGUUAAAACAAGCCUGUGGUUACGAAUUCACAAACAAACUCCAUAGGAUGUUCACGGACAUGUCUGUGUCUGCUGAUUUGAACACAAAGUUCUCCGCAAGUCUCAGAGAGCGAGAAGGCGAGGGUCAAAAACAGCUUGGCAUAGGAUUUGGAGUUUAUGUUCUUCAAGCAGGUGCCUGGCCACUCGGUCUACCUCCAUCUCCCGGUCCGUUUCACGUUCCACAGCAACUUGAGCAGUCAGUCCAAGCUUUCGAGACAUUUUACCACGCUCAAUUCAGCGGGCGUAAACUUACCUGGCUUCAUCAUCUUUGUCAGGGUGAAUUAAAGCUGAAUUACUUAAAAAGGGCAUAUCUCGUUACCGUACAAACUUAUCAAAUGGCGCUGCUCUUAUUAUUUGAGCACUGCGACUCCAUAUCUUGUAAAGAGGCUGCGGUAUCCCUUCGUCUUUCUCAAGAGCAACUUGAAAAACAUGCGGUCAGUUUGAUAGAGUGCAAGCUCCUGAAGAAAUCACCCGACAGUGAACUUGGAGAGGAAACAAUACUCAUGCUCAAUCUAGAGUACUCUAAUAAAAGAACAAAGUUCCGCGUUACCGGAGCUCUUCAACGAGACGCACCUCACGACGCCGAAGCGACCCAUCGUAGUGUCGAUGACGAUCGGAAACUUUAUCUUCAGGCAGCAAUUGUACGCAUAAUGAAGAGCAGAAAAGUCCUGCGGCACAACCAGCUUGUACAAGAGGUCCUUGGUCAAUCGAAAGUUACUUUCGCUCCGUCCAUCGGGAUGAUAAAGAAAUGCAUCGAGGCUUUAAUUGACAAACAAUACAUUGAGCGAACGUUCAAUAGCUCGGAUGAAUAUUCGUACGUCGCGUAACCCAACUUCGGCCCACCUUUGAUAAUUUAUUUUGAAAUAAGAUACUCACGUAUAUCCUGUGAGUCGUAAUGUGCCGUCUUCUUUGCAAGACUCGUGUAAUAAUUGCGAGUUACCUAUUUGCCAAGAACAUGAAAGAUUUCAGCCUUGUUAAACAACAACAUGUUUCCAAAGAUAUUGAAGCACCAGAACAGGGCUACGGAGUAACUUAGGAUACUUAACUACUCCUUGAACGAUUAAAAUAAAGUAAUUGAUUAGGUAAAAUGUAAUAUAUACACAGCUAAUAAAGAUGUCGUUACUAUUUUA